GGUGGCAAUCCAAGACUUGGCCAUGGGGAAAUCAGCUUCCAAACAAUUUGCUGAGGAGGUCUUGAAAGCGCACAAUGACUACCGGAAGAAACAUGGAGUCCCCCCAUUAAAACUCUGCAAGAAGUUGAACAGAGGAGCACAACAGUAUGCAGAAGAACUGGCUACCACAAGGGUCCUCAAACACAGCUCUGAGUCUGCUAAUGGAAAAUGUGGAGAAAACCUAGCUUGGGCAUCCUAUGAUCAACCAGGAAAGGACGUAGCCGACAGAUGGUACAGUGAAAUAAAAAAUUAUAGUUUCCAAAAUCCAGGUUUUUCUUCUGGGACAGGUCACUUCACAGCAAUGGUUUGGAAGAAUACAAAAAAGAUGGGAGUCGGAAAAGCAUCUGCUAGUGAUGGUUCCACAUUUGUGGUGGCUAGAUAUGAUCCAGCUGGAAAUGUAGUAAACCCAGGCUACUAUGAAGAAAAUGUUCUUCCUCCAAGAAAAUAAGAUUUCUUUUUUAAAGGUAGUCUGAUUGCUCAAUGACAAAUGAAUCUGGUUUUGGACUUGACAGUGUCUGAAGUGAAGUACAAUUAAAUGAAAUUUCUUGUUCAAUACUGCUGUUCCCUUCUUAUCCCAGGGAGAGCAGUUACUUGAGUCAGUCUGUUG